UGUGCUCUGCGUGGUGUGGCCCUGAGAAGACACAGGGUCCCUGAGGCCCGACCUGGCACGGGGGCUGACCCUGCAUGCCUGGAAGCUUCUGAGGCUUAGGAGGCAGAGGCGGGAGGCGGGGGCCUCCUUGGAAAGGGAGGGAGCCAGCAAGUCCUGCUCAGCCUGUGCUCACCCCGGCGGAGGUCCUGGCCUCCUGGGAGGGUGGGAGACUGGGCUCCUAGGGCUCUGUUUCCAAGUUCAGUGAACAAAGGCAGCACCCUGGAAGUGAGCCAGAGGACAGGUUGGAAGAGGAAGGUUCCGGGCCUGUCCCAAGGACAGAAGUUUCCUCUGCGGGAGGGCAGCUGCCCCAGCAGGCCCCUUACGUAGCUGCUCUGAGUAAACAGGGCCAGCGUCCCGUCUCAGCAGGGACACUCCCACCCUGGCUGCUCCUGGAGGCCUGGAGGUGAGUGGGAAAGGGUUUACAAGCGGAGUUUCCACUUACAGCCACCUUGACUGUUUCUGAGCUAAAGAGCCACACAGCAUCUUAGAAGGGGAAUGACUGGAGGGCAUCUGGGGCACACACCUGCCUGGCUCUGUGUCCUCAUGACAGGGUCGUGCGGCCCAAACCUCAUGGGUGCGCAAGGCCCAGCAGUGACCACGUAGCCCUUCCUGGGCCAGUACUGAAGUUGGGGCUCCAGUCCUGACUCGUGAGCUGAGCCUGGGGGACGUGGAGAAGUCAUGGGAGCUGCUUAGAGUUCAGCUUUCUCAGCUGUGCGAAGGGGAUGACGAGACUUUUCAUAGGGUUUUCAUGAGAAGUAGAAAUGCAGGUGGAGCCUGCAUUUUAUUUUAUUUUAUUUUAUUUUAUUUUUAUUCCUUGUGAGGAGGGGGACUCCUGGGGCUGUGCUCACUCUGAUGAAAAAUAAAAGACGGUUGUAACUUUGAAAACCCGUGAUUCGAAAAGCUAGAUGGGACUCAGUUAAGAAGUGACUGAAACACUAAGUUAUUGACCCAGAGACCUGCCUGCAAGUAAAGAACCAAGGGAGACGCAGUUGGACAGAAGUGUACAGAGGCUUCUGGCGACACGGAUCGCCGUCUACCUGAUGACCUUUCUCAUCGUGACGGUGGCCUGGGCAGCGCACACACGGUUGUUCCAAGUUGUUGGGAAAACAGACGACACACUUGCCCUGCUCAACCUGGCCUGCAUGAUGACCAUCACCUUCCUGCCUUACACGUUUUCCUUAAUGGUGACCUUCCCUGAUGUGCCUCUGGGUAUCUUCUUGUUCUGUGUGUGUGUGAUCGCCAUCAGGGUCGUGCAGGCACUGAUUGUGGGGUACGCAUUCCACUUCCCGCACCUGCUGAGCCCGCAGAUCCAGCGCUCUGCCCACAGGGGUCUGUACCGACGACACGUCCUGGGCAUCGUCCUCCAAGGCCCAGCCCUGUGCUUUGCAGCGGCCAUCUUCUCUCUCUUCUUUGUCCCCUUGUCUUACCUGCUGAUGGUGACUGUCAUCCUCCUCCCCUAUGUCAGCAAGGUCACCGGCUGGUGCAGAGACAGGCUCCUGGGCCACAGGGAGCCCUCGGCUCACCCAGUGGAAGUCUUCUCAUUUGACCUCCACGAGCCACUCAGCAAGGAGCGCAUGGAAGCCUUCAGCGACGGAGUCUACGCCAUCGUGGCCACGCUUCUCAUCCUGGACAUCUGCGAAGACAACGUCCCGGACCCCAAGGACGUGAAGGAGAGGUUCAGCGGCAGCCUCGUGGCGGCCCUGAGUGCGACCGGGCCGCGCUUCCUGGCGUACUUCGGCUCCUUCGCCACGGUGGGACUGCUGUGGUUCGCCCACCACUCACUCUUCCUGCACGUGCGCAAGGCCACGCGGGCUAUGGGGCUGCUGAACACGCUCUCGCUGGCCUUCGUGGGCGGCCUCCCGCUAGCCUACCAGCAGACCUCGGCCUUCGCCCGGCAGCCCCGCGAUGAGCUGGAGCGCGUGCGUGUCAGCUGCGCCAUCAUCUUCCUGGCCAGCAUCUUCCAGCUGGCCAUGUGGACCACGGCGCUGCUGCACCAGGCGGAGACGCUGCAGCCCUCGGUGUGGUUUGGUGGCCGGGAGCACGUGCUCAUGUUCGCCAAGCUGGCCCUGUACCCCUGCGCCAGCCUGCUGGCCUUCGCCUCCACCUGCCUGCUGAGCAGGUUCAGUGUGGGCAUCUUCCACCUCAUGCAGAUCGCCGUGCCCUGUGCCUUCCUGUUGCUGCGCCUGCUCGUGGGCCUGGCCCUGGCCACCCUGCGGGUCCUGCGGGGCCUUGCCCGGCCCGAACACCCCCCGCCAGCCCCCACGGGCCAGGACGACCCACAGUCCCAGCUCCUCCCUGCCCCCUGCUAGCAGCCACGGAGCCCACUCCCAGCCGUCUUCACCAGAGAUGGACCAGGGACGACAGGACGCUGGGCAGGGGAAGCCAAGUCGCGGGCAGGCUGCAGUGGUUCUUGCGUGCGUGGCCUGGUUUUAUUUUCAUUGUGAAAUAUCAUGCUCUUAUUUCAGUCCUCAAA